GUGAAGGCGGCGACAAGAUAUUGUUGUGAUAAAAAUGCACAGCUAGUGCGAUGUUUUCUGUAGCGAUUCCGCGGGUUCAGAGUUCAUUCGACGUCGGUAAAUGAUAAUGUGUUUAUUAUCUGCGACAAAACAUUAAUUAUAGUGGCAACAUGUCUAGAAUGGUGCAAAUCUAAUUUGAAAAUGAAGAUAACAAUGUUGAUUUUAGUAUUGUUAUUUAACGUUGGGCUUGCACUCGCCAAAGAAGAAUUACGCUGUGCAAACUCUGUUAACAACAAUGGUCACUUCAUCGAAGAUGUUACCUCAGAAGAUGGCACUUCAGAGGACUCAGUAUCAGAGUCACCGUACAUCAACUGCCCCAGCAACUAUUGUUACACAUUUUGGAAAGAAGACCUAACCAAUGGCAGUAUUAUAAUUAGACAAGGUUGUUGGCACGCCUCCGGCAAACCGAACGAAUGCGACCGUGCGGAAUGCAUAGCGGACAAGGAGCCUCCAAAGGCAAUGAAAGACGCGAAGUUCUGUUGUUGCUCGGACCACAUGUGCAACAUCAACUUCACCGACGCCUAUGUACCAGUUAACGAAACCGCACCUCCAGUAGUGGCGGCCGCCCUAGGUAACAGCACUAUAUAUGUUUAUGGACUGGCGACAUCGUUUGUAUUCAUAUGCAUGAUUAUAUUGCUUUUCGCCUAUAAACGGUGCAAAUUCACGCCGAAGAAAUUCGACGUGGAAAACCAAGAGGAUGGUGUAAACUCGCAAACCAGCUACAGCUUGGACGAUUUGAAAUUGGAAACUGUCAUUGGUCAGGGUAGAUACGGUUGUGUGUGGCGGGGCGUGAUCGAAGAUCAGGAAGUCGCCGUUAAAGUGUUCCAGGCCCACAACAGGAAUUACUUUUUGAACGAAAGUGAAAUGUACAAAAUAGCGGGUGAACACAGCACCCUGUUAAAGUGCCUAGGCAGUGGUGAAUAUCAGGUUAAUCCGAACGGACCUACCGACUACCUCUUGCUGCUCAGUCUGGAACAGGAGUGUUUGCAAGAAUAUCUAAAGGCACACACCCUGGACUUGCCCACCUUGUCCAAAAUGAGUUUGGGAGUUGCCAAGGGUUUGGCUCACUUGCACUGCGAUUUGGGCAAACCAUGUAUAGUGCACAGGGAUCUGAACACAAAAAACAUAUUAGUCAGGGCUGAUUUGUCUUGUGUGAUCAGCGACUUGGGUUUGGCCCUCAUACCUAGAAGAGCUGAGAAUAAAGCUUUCAGUGAAGCUGGAACAUUGAGAUAUAUGGCACCUGAAGUUUUAGAAGGUGCCGUCAACUUAAGAGACUGCGAAAGUGCUUUAAAACAAAUCGACGUCUAUGCAUUGGGUUUAAUUUUGUGGGAACUAGGAACAAGAUGUACUGACAUGCAAAAUGCCGAACCCCACCCCUAUUUACCACCUUUUGCUAAGGAGACAGGUGAAAACCCGUCAUUGGAGCAGAUGCAAACACUUGUCAGCCGAAGGAAAGCCAGACCUUUGUGGCCACCGUCUUGGAAGAACACCGCAGCCGCGAGACUUUUAUGUGAAACAUCUGAAGACUGCUGGGACCAGGAUGCUGAAGCUAGACUGACAGCGUUAUGCGUUGUGGAAAGAUUACUUGAACUGCCCCACCUAAAAGGAAGAAUCUUACAUCCUUUGCAUCCUCCGGCAAGUCCCACCCCGUUGAUAAAUAAUAAUCACCUCCAUGAUCAUCCUACAAUCGACGCAUCAGUGGGUACCAUAGAGACACUGCUCUCUCCAUCUGAGGAACACUGUAAGAACUCUAACCAAUUGGCAGCUUGUAUGAAUCCCAUGCAACCAUAUCAAGGAAGAAAUCCGUGUUUAGAAAGAAAUCUACUGACAGGAUCUAGUGAUAAUUUACUUAUUGAUAAAUCGUCGAAACACUGCACUAGCUCGGAAUCGCAAAAUUUAAUCACCAACGACUAUCUAAACUUCCAGAUCAACCACAGAGCUGCACCAAUACCAUAUUUACAAAAUGCGGUACACGACUGUCCAAAACAACCUAACGUAGUACAAGAAACUGCCAUUAAGCCUAAGUUCAAGUGGUACCGUUUUAAGAAGCUGUUCAACAGCAAAAAACACUUAUCCAAUGAUCACCAAUGUAAGGACACUCAGGUUAAACUAAACAGUAAAUUAGUUAACGGAUUCGGUAAAAAUGGAGUCACGACAUCGCUACUGGGAAACAAGGAUACUGUCAGACCCUCCACGCUGCCACUCUCUGUGGCCAAACCCGUGGACACAACAAACAGCGGUGUCACGCAGAUUUUGAAGCGCCGAAACAGUUUGUCACGUCAACGAUCGCUCGAACAGUUCAAUGAAGUGUUUUCGUCCACCAGCGACUUGUCACGACUGAAAGAUCCGUCGAUGAGGGUGAAAACGCCGGGCGAUGUUCCGCCAUCCGUCAGAAGGACGAGGGGCAAGGCGGCCGCCGAGUCGGCCGCGAGGUAUUCAUUGUACGAUGACAGUAUAAUGUGCAGAGGUCAGUGGGGAAGCGCCCCCGACCUAGAGCCGCCUGCACCUCUUAAACCCCCGCAACUGAACGACCUACAGGAUAGGGAUAGCGUGAGUAGUUUCUAGAAUUCAAAAUCUAUCAAAAUAGGGCGACUGCCACUGUCAUCAAACAGUACAUAAUUUCUGUGUGUGUUUUCAAUAAAUGAUGCGGGAACAUUUAUUAAACUUGUUCACCCUAAAUACAAAAAUAUAUAUAUACAUAGGUAUAUGUAUGUAAUUUAAAUAUAGACAACUAGUUCAUAUACCAAAAAUAUAUAUAAGUAUUUACCGAAUUGAUAUUUAUUAAAAGAAAUUAGGUACUACUUGAAAUUGAAAUAUUUGAGUUCAUAGUUUUUUUAUUAAUGUCUAAUGUUUAUAAAUAUCUUAAAAAGAAACUCAGACUUGAUGUCCUUUAUGUGUAGUUUAUUAAGAAAUAUUAGGCCAAAGGUUUUUAUAUCGAAAUUAAGCCAAAGAAAUUUAUAAAAUUAAUUUUUAUUGGCAAUAAGCGUUUAGGUCUCAUUAGUGUAAAAAAAAAACUAUAGGAAAAAUUGUGUAAACAAAAAUUAGCCUGGCCUAAUGAAAAUAUUUAAACAAUUUGUGUACUAAGUGCAGAAGUGACAAAAUUCUUUAUGUAAAUUGAAUAUAAAUAUGUAAUUGGGUACGUUCUUUUAUAUAAUAUAUUAUAAAGGGGCUGACUUCUUAAAUUAACAUUUUGAUUAAUUAAAAAGAUAUGUGUUAGAUUUAAGUGUCUGUUUGUGUUAUUUGGUUGAUGCAUCUAUAAGAGGCAGCCUCCGAAAUUUUUACCGUCUUUAUAACUACAACAAAGUGCAAUUAACCCACUCAGGGUAUACUUAUUUAAUGAAGGCCACAUUAUUUAAGUGAAUUUGAAAUUCAACAUCACUCAAAAAAUAAAGGCCAUACUCUCAGUGUACUGUCAUUUAAGAGAAAUGUACCUACAUUCAUUUAAAUAAUAAAUUAAUUGACAACUGAUUUAAUAAACACAGUAUAUGCUGCGUUUUUUAAAAAUAUAUUGAUUUAGGUACAAAUUUAAAGAACAAAUUGUAGUUAUUCCUUCUAUACUGAGUAUGCAAUACUGUAUUCUAGUGAUGAUCAUAUACCUGAAGUCCUUGUAUUUCAAAAAAUAUAUAUAUGUUAAAAUGUCACUUAAACAAGGUGAUGAGUGACCAAUGUAAUUAAUAAUAGAAAAUGAAUUAAUUUUAUCAAUGAUAACCAAAAGAUAAUCUAUUCCCAAAUGUUCAAUGACUAUUAUAUUGGUCGCUAAUAACCACGUAUUUAAUUAUGUAUAAGACACCACAUCACAUUUUUGUUUACAAUGUAUUUUUUUGAUACGUCACUUUUUUGUAUUAACCAAAAAGUAAUAUGUAACUAAAAGAGCACAAUGUUUUUAUUUGAGGUAUCCUCGAUAAUUAGUAAUAUUUAAAUUACAUAAUCACGUUUAGAUGUAAGUUAAUUUAGGAACCCCUAAUUCACACUAAUUGGUAGAUAAUCUUAAAAAUCUGUGAUUUUACUUUAAAUUGAUUUGUUAAAAAUGAUAUUAUUUAUUUGGCUGUGUAAUUUGCGUGUGAAUUCACAUUCCCCCCCACUUUAGUAAUUUUAUAAUUUUUUGGGAAAAAAUGGACCCCAGAUGUACUUUACGACAUUUAAUAUUUUGCUUAUUGUCCCAUAUGCAAUGCAGACUGUACUAACAUGGCAUAGUAAAGUAUGUCAAUAGAUUUCCUUAUUUUUUGUAAAUAUAAUUAAUUCCGUUUUGAAAACAUUAAUAUUAAAUACAUAUUAUGUAUAUUUAAAAGUAAUAUAUAUUUAAUAAAACGAAGUGUUUACCUGUAAA